AGAGUGUGGCGGGAAUUUGGGAGCAUGAAUUUCAGCAGGAAUUGUGCAACAAGCAUCCCCAUGGCUGAUUCGUUAUAAGCUUCCAAGUGUUUGUUCCUCACAUGGUGAACGAAAUUUUUUAAGUGGGGAGAAUAUUUCAUUUGUUUUGAGUUUAUUUUUUGUGCUCGUCGGAAGUAAGAAACUGAUUCUGAAGUGUUGAAAAGGACGAUGUUUCAUUCGGAGUACGUCAGUUCAAUCGCGAACGGUUAUCGAUUAACGUCUCUAGCGUUCUCACUAGAAUGGCGGGAAACAUUUAUUGAGCAUGGAGUUUAGUGAUUGUGAUUUGUUUCUUGCUGCUUUUAAAAUGUAACAAAAAGUAACCCAUUUGGAAUUGGAUUUUUUCCGAGAAGUUUACUUUGUGAAAUCUAAUCAAUGUACUAUUAGAAGGCAGUUAGUGAUACCGAGAUGGCUGGACCAUUUUUAUCCCCUCUGCCUGGUGACCUUCUGACGGAAUAUAUGUUCGGUAGACGUAGACAACGAAGGAAUAGGACAACUUUUACACCUCAACAGCUACAGGAGCUUGAGGCAUUAUUUCAGAAAACGCAUUAUCCUGAUGUUUUUUUGCGAGAGGAGGUUGCACUGCGGAUUAGUUUGAGUGAAGCUAGAGUUCAGGUAUGGUUUCAAAAUCGGCGUGCUAAAUGGCGUAAACAAGCUCGACUACAGCUGCUACAAGAUGCCUGGCGUAUGCGGUGCCUGGGUUUAGGAUCACCACCAAUCAUCGUUGGAGGCAGAUCAUCUGGCAACGCAUCCGAACAACCACCUGCUCAAUCAAAAACUCCUGAAAAUAUGUUAGGCCCCGAUAAAAGUAUAUCGCCACCAAAUGGUGAUCCUUCUGCACCCCCCUUCACAAUGAUGCAUCCAGCUUUCCAGAAUCCUGAUGCCAAGAAUCAACGUGCUAUCAUGGAUGAAAAUAGUGGUGAAAAAACCUACACUGAAUUAAAAAUGUACAAGGAAGACAAUAGACAUUAUCAGCCGGACGCAUCAAUGCAAUGUGGAAAUUCAUUGGGAAAUCAUCAUUUAGAUGGUCGUGAUUCUGCACAUAACCUGAAUGGGAAUUCAGAGUCAGAUGGAUCAGAUUCGGAGGAGAUUGAUUUGACAUCGGGUGCUUGUAUUGAUUUCUCAGCAAAUAGUAACAUGAAAAACAAUAAUAAUAUUCAAUAGUUUUGUAGCAAUUGAUUUUAAUCUGCACGACGUGUUUUAUUUUAAAAUUGAAAAUGAAUAAAUUUUAAUUAUUUA